AUCUCCAACACCCUUCCCGCUGCAUCUGCCACUCCAUCCAUUUCGCUCUAUCUCAGGCGGCCUCCACGCCUCUUGCCCUAAAGCUCCGCCUUUGUUGCCCCUAGCGGCUGUUUGUUGACUUCCGGGAGCACCGUGGUAACAAGUGCCAGGAGGGUCGCUGCGGGGGUCUCGCGGCCUUCCGCGGCCGCUAGCAGGAAUGAGGCCCUGUCCUAGGCCCCAACGAGCCGCUCCUGCUGUCUUCCCGGCCCAGGGGCUAAGUCUCUGUACCACCCGAGGCAUGGGGGAGCCCGAGACGCUGGUUCCCGAUUCAGGUGCUGUGUUUACAUUUGGGAAGACCAAAUUUGCUGAAAAUAUGCCUAGCAAAUUCUGGUUUAAGAAUGACAUACCUAUGUAUCUUUCAUGUGGAGAUGAACAUACUGCUGUUGUUACGGGAAAUAAUAAACUUUACAUGUUUGGCAGCAACAACUGGGGUCAGUUAGGAUUAGGAUCAAAAUCAGAUGUCAAGAAGCCAACGUGUGUCAAAGCUCUUAAACCUGAGAAAGUGCAAUUUGCUGCCUGUGGAAGGAACCACACCCUCAUUUUAACAGUAGUAGGCAAUGUUUAUGCAGCUGGAGGAAAUAAUGAAGGGCAGUUAGGACUUGGUGACACUGAAGAGAGAAACACUUUUCAUCGUAUUAGCUUUUUUACAUCCGAGCACAACAUUAAACAGCUGUCUGCAGGAUCUAAUACUUCGGCUGCACUAUCUGAGGAUGGAAGACUUUUUAUGUGGGGCGACAAUUCUGAAGGGCAAAUUGGUUUAAAUGAUGUAAUAAGUGUGUGUGUCCCUCAUCAAGUGAACAUUGGGAAACCAAUUUCUUGGAUCUCAUGUGGAUAUUACCAUUCAGCUUUUGUAACAAUGGAUGGUGAACUCUACACAUUUGGAGAACCUGAGAGUGGAAAAUUAGGUCUUCCUAAAGAGCUGCUGAUCAAUCACAGAACACCUCAGCUGGUGGCUGGAAUUCCUGAGAAGGUGAUCCAAGUAGCUUGUGGUGGAGGUCACACAGUUGUUCUCACAGAGAAAGCCGUGUAUACUUUUGGACUGGGACAAUUUGGUCAGCUAGGCCUUGGCACUUUUUGUUUUGAAACAUUGGAACCUAAAGUCAUUGAACAAAUUAAGAAUCAGAAAAUAACUUAUAUUUCCUGUGGGGAAAAUCACACAGCUUUGAUAUCAGAUAUAGGCCUUAUGUAUACUUUUGGAGAUGGCCGGCAUGGAAAAUUGGGGCUUGGACUUGAGAAUUUUUCAAAUCAGUUCUUUCCCAUCCUGUGCUCUGAAUUCUUGAGAUUUACAGUUCAAUUGGUUGCUUGUGGUGGAUGUCAAACACUAGUUUUUGCCGCUCCACGCAUUGAUGUAGUAGGAGAAAAUGACUUCAAUCAAAUAAAUGAUUUUUGCCCACCUGAAGCUACUUUGCUGGCCUCUGACAAUCGGACCUCAGGAAAUGUACUGCAUAGAACUUUAGCAGCACGUCUGCGACGAAGAGAGCGGGAGAAAUCUCCAGAUCUUAUCCAAAUGAUGCAAACAUUACCUCCAUUAGAGGAUACUUCCACAGUACCUGCUUAUUUUUCCCCUGCUUUAGUCCCUUUGAGUUUAUCUGUGAGUAACCUCUCAGACAAAAGCAGCUAUGAUCCGGUGGAGCCACUUGAGCCAGAUGUUUGUCAAGACAAAAUGACAGAAGAAAGAGACACAGAAAAUUUUUCAUCAUUAGAUUCAGAAAGCCUGGGAGAAACUACUGAUGUCUUAAAUAUGACACAUAUGGUGAGCCUGAGCCCCAGUGACAAGUCAUUACAAUUUUCGCCAAUUCAAAAACAAAAGAAACAAGAUCCAGUUGAAAAUCUGAUGCAGCAUACAGCUUGUACUGAAAGUGAUGAUAGUAAUGAAUGUGAAAAUGAAGAAAUGUCAGAAAUGAAAGAAGGGAAAGCAUAUAAACAGGUAGCAGAAGGAAUCAUCAUGAUGCAAGCAGCUGAGACUUUAGAAGCCUUUUCAGAUGAGGAAGUAGAUAAUGUCUCAGACCUGGUGGAGCCUCAGAUCGACACCAAUGAAAACUGUAUGCAAAAAGAGAUGCUUAGUCAUGAAAAUAAAAGUGGUGUUGAUCAAAUUGAUGCUAAAGAAAUAGAAAAGGAAAACCAUGGAGAAGAAAUAAUCCCUGAGAAGAAAACUGAGCAGGUGGAAGUGGCAGGUCUGAAUGAUAUAAGAGAAGGAGAAGAGAAUCUAAAAUGUGUAAAUUAUGAUACAUUAUUUGAUGAUGUAUCAGAUAAAGACGUGAAUUCUGAGAAUGAAGAAGACGAGGGUUUUGUUAAGGAAGGAAAAAGUAGAAAGGAAGAUGUGAUCUUUGACAGUGAAAGAAAACUGAUAGAAGAGCCAGAGAGUUGUGUGGCUCGUGAAAGCCGCAUUCAAUGGGAUAAAGCUGACAGUUUCCUGAAUCCCAGGUCAAUAGAAUUUAGUAAUGAAGAUAAUGAUGAUGAAGUGGAAACUGAUCACAGCUUGUGGCUUGAAAAACAAUUGAAUGAACAAGAAGUUAAUUCUAAACUCAGAACAGCAAAUUUCGUGGCCCAGUAUAAUUUUCAGUAUAACGACUUGCCAGUGAUACCAGAGGAACAGGAAGAAGCAGAGGAUUUAGAAGAAACCACAGUAAAGGAGCAAGUGGUAGAGGCACAUAACAAAAAUGUGGAGGUUGAAGGAGAAAAAAAGGAGGAAGCAGAGACCCUGUCAGAUGACUAUACAGACAGAGCAGAGGAUCAAGACUUAUCAGAAACCGAAGAUCCAGAACUAGAAGAUAUGGAUAAGGAAAUUGAUGCCAAAAGUCAGAAAGAUAUGAUGAAAGCUAUAGCUGAAGAUGAAAAAGAAGGGUCAGAAAAUAUUGAUGACUCAACUAAAGCUUACAUACAGGAUGAAGAAUUUUCAGAAACUGAAGAUACAGAACCAGAAGACAUGGAUAAAGAUAUUGAUGUCAUAAAUGAGAAAGAGGAUGUUGAAGCUUUGGGUGGUGAUGAAGCUUCAAAAAAUAUCAAUGUUGACUCAACUGUAGUUGACAAACAGGAAAAAAAAAGCAAACUAGAAGAACGGGCUAUGCAUGAAUACAAUGAAAAUCCAAAAGGAAACACGUAUAAUUGUGCAGAGAACAGUUUUUCAAGGACUGGGGAAGUUAAUGAAUCAGGACCAAGUAAAGACACAAAAAUACCCAAAAAAAAUUUUCUCUUGAAACAGAUGUCAAUGACAGGUCAGAAAAUUACACUGAGUAGUAUGGAGCCAUUUUCAGAAAUAAAGCCAAUAGGAGAUCAAGUAGCUGUACAAAGCAAUAAGAAAGAUGCCAUCCCUAACCACAUAGAUCAAAACUAUCAUGGUACUUCAUCCAAUGUGGUGGUAAAGUCAAAAUCUUGUACAAUACUAUAAAUACAUGUAUUCAUGGCUGACCAAGCGUGUUCGUAACUUAUACUUGAAAAAUGUUAUAGCUUCUGAAGGAACAUUUCUGAUAACCGUCUUUUAAAGAUAUAAGUUAAUAUUUUUGGUUUUGUUUGAACAGUAUGACCAGUUUUGAUAUUUAUUUGUGUUAAUAUUUUUAACAAGCAAUUUUAAAAUUUGUGUAUCUCAAACUCUUCUUGAAGUGUUGUGGUCUUAACUGUUCAGUGUUGCAUAAAACAAUAUAUUUUUGUAUGUGAAAAUUAAAUUAAGAUACACCAUAGUUUUGCUAAACAGUUUUACUUGUUUAUAAUUUCAUAAAACAAUGUUUGAAACCUCUUGACACUGAUACAUUUUUAAUAUAUUUUCAAUUUUUACAACUGAGCCAAAAUUGUAAUCAACCACAUCUGGUUGGUUCUGCUGUCAAAAUGGACGACUGUGAACAAAAUUUGGAAGUACUUGGAAUUAUCCAUUGAUCAAAUAGGGACAAAAAAAACCCUAAUUUUAAAAUAUCAAAGGACAUAAUACCUUUCCCCUGUGUUAAAAAAGAAUACAAAUGCAAUAUAUAAACAGUAUGUUUUUGUGGGGAAACUGUUGAAAUUUCUUUCCAGUCUUUUGUUUAGAGAAGUGAUUAGGCAUGAAAAUACUAUGUAGCGUGAUCAGUAUUUUUGGCCCUGUUGCAGAUUGCCACCAUAAGCGACCCAAACAAAGCCAGGCUUGCUCAUUUCAACUAUUUCUAUCAUUAACAGUGGUAACCAAGUCAGUCUCCAUCUCAUGGGGCACUAUUCCUGUCCUUCCUACUCUCUUCCUCCAAGAAUAGGAAGGAUAAAGCUGUUAAGUUUACUCUGCUAAGUAGGAACACGUCUUUCUACUUAAAUAAGCUGCUACUUAUUUAAUGGGGCAACCCACCUUCAUUGUCCUCAUUUUUAGCUUGUUAAUAAAACAUUUUCUUCUUCUAUUACUGUAACCCUUGCCCUGUUUAAACAAAACAAAAUUACAUCUCUGUGCUUUAUGUACAAAGGUUGUAAUGUUAGUCCAGGGCAAAUGUGAUUUUUGAAAUCUUACAAAGUAAUCUUCUGUGUGAAUUAUAUUUAGUAGAUUUCUAAUUGUACUAAAAGCAAAGGCAAUUUCAUAACCUUGGCUAUUUCUCUAUGGCAACUAUAGUAUUAGUAGAAUGUUGUAAAAAUUCUUUACCAAUAUGUAAACUAUAGGAGCCAAGUGGCGGUAAAGCUUGCAGAUGGUAUUAAUAUGUGUCAUUUAGGGUAGGCAGAACUCUGAGAUAGCUUCCAGGUUCCCGGAACCUGUUGAUGACACAUGCCCUGAAUAAUCUCUUUUCUCUAAAUAUAGAUGGGACCAGUGAGUAUGAUGAAAUGUUAUUCCCUUGCUCCAGUUCCAUUGUAUGACAAAGGUGGGAGAUGUUUCAGAUGUAGUUAAAAGUCUUAGUCAGUUUAGGUUAAACUUUAAAGAAGAGCAAAUCCUAGAUAACUCUAACCCAAUCAGGUGAAUCCCUUCAAAGAUAUUUUAGGAAAUCCAACAUAAAAGAGAUCCAAACUACUCAAAGCAGCAGAAAUGCGGUCUUGUUGGGCUGAAAAAAACUCCAUCAUAAUUGUAGAUAGUGCCGUGUACCAUGAAAUGGGUAGAGCAGCCUUGAGAAUCUGAGGGCCUCAAUCUGGCAAAUUUGAGGUAGCGAAUUCUGCCAGCAACUAGUGAGCCUGGAAGAGGAAUGUAAUCCUCAAAUAAAACCAUAUUUUUUACUUUGACACCUUGAUCGCAACCUUAUGUGACUCUGUACUGAAGACCCAGUUGAGCACUUCACAGACUUCCUGACCCAUGAAAACUAUGAAAUAAUAAAUACAUGUAGUUUUAACCCACCAAAUGUUUGGUAAUUUGUUACACAGCAUUAAAAACUAAUGUUAUACUGUUAUACUAUGGGGUAGGACUUAUCUACAUGGUGGCUUCCUUCAUCAAAGCAUCUAAUCGCUUUUUGGUCAUCAAAUGUCAUUCUCUUAAAGCCAAGGAUCGCAUUUUUAUAUACUCACAAAAUAUUCAUACAUCCUCCACCAUACAAAUCCUCAAUGAAUAAUUGAUAGAAAUAUAUGUUACACCUUUAUCUGUUUGGUUUUUCUAAUCUAUAGCACUUAAGAAGUAUAAUUGGGCUUCUUCAAACUUCUGUUAACAAUGACUUCCUUAUUUAACAUAUGAUAGAGGGGUGGCAAUUUAGCUCAGCAGAAUAAGCGCCUGUGUGGCAAGCGCAAGGUUGUGAGUUUGAUCCCUGGUACCAAAAAAAAAAAAAAAAAACCUGUAAUAGAACCAUCAUACCUAAUGAAAAAAUAGCAGUAUAGCCUAUAAAUGCAUGUCAAAAUAUUCAAGACAAAAUGUAGUUGUAAAGACCCUCCUUUGUAUAAAUAUGAACAUGUAUAGUUCUGGAAAGCUGUUGUAUUAGUUUCUCAGUGCUGCUUUAACAAAAUACUGCAAACUGGUCGUCUCAGUUCUGGUUACCAGAAAUCUAAAAUCAAGGUGUUGGCAAGGCUGUCCUCCCUCUAAAUACACCAGGUAAGAAUCCAUUCUAAGCCUCUCUCCUAACUUCUGAGUCUUAAGUAUUUCUUGACUGGUAGCUGCAUCAGUUGAAACCUUUGUCAUUCUCCCUGUUUUUCCAUAUUGUUUUCUGUGUGUAUCUCUUUGUUCAAAUUUCCCCUUCUUAUAGUCUGGUCACCUCAUUCUAACUUGAUUAUCUCUGUAAAGGCCUUGUUUCCAAAUAAGAUAACUUCUUAAAUCACUGUGAGCUAGGACUUCAGCAAAUCUUUUUUGAGAGAACACAAUUCAACCCAUAACAAUGUAUAACAGUUUAAGAGCUGCAGAUCAUAUAAAACAUCAUUUAUUUAAAGUACCUAGUCUCUUAAAUUGUUGCUAUUAUUGUCCCAAAAUGUAUAAAGACUUGAUAAAUUCUGGAUCUUCAAUGAGAGGUCUGUGAUGUGAUGAGGUAUGUGAUGUUGAAACGUUCAUUGAUUGUUUCACUAGUUACAUUUUCAGUCAAAGCGGGAAUUUUAAGUGGGGUCAUACUCUGGGAUCCCAGGUACAGGGAGCAAUUACUAAAUGAGUACUAUCAUUUAAAGUUGUAGAGUAUGGAUGAGAACUUAUUUCUUAGAAAUUCAUACACAUGUUCUUCAAGGUUAAACUCUUUCGAGUAUUUACCAUAUAGUUCAUUGCAGUACUACUCUAUUGUUCAUUUGUUAUAAAUCUGUAGGGGGAAAACAAAUCUUUCCAUGAGCAAAAGAAAGUCUGUCUUUCAGCAGAAGCAAUGAACUCAUUAGAAGCAUCCAAGUCAGAGAAAUUUGGCCAGCUAGUUUUAUAAUUACCAGGCUUGGCAACACAAAAACUCCAGUUCUUUGUCUACAGGAGGCUCAAAUAUCAAUAGAAUUAGAGAAGAAAUUCAGAAUAAUUAUUUUGGGACAGAGCUAGGCUUUGCAUUAUUAUUAUUAAUUUCAAUUAAGAGUUUUUCUACCCAAUUUGAUUUUGUCUAUCCAAAUUGGAAAUGUUUUCAUACUAAAAAUGUCCUCUUGCUAUGGUUUAAAUAUUUAGGGAUAGGAAUUCUUUAAAAUAUUUAAAGCAUGUUUUUAGACAGAACUUUAAGAUGUACUUUACUUUUUUCAAGUGGAAGAAUAAGAAAUCAGUAAAUAAAAAAGACAAAUCAGAAGACUGAAAAAUCUUCAACUCAGGAAUGAAGGGAAUGUACUUUUGAACACAAAAUACAUUUAAACCAGGUGUCACAUUUUUUGAGCCUAGGCAGAUAAUCAUAUUGGAGUGGCUGCUUCUUCAUUCUAGCUGGUAAUGGCUGUUUCCCAGAACUGAACUCAAAUUGCCAGAUCCUCAGCAGUUUUAAAAGGAAGCUAGAAAUAUGUUUUUCUUUUUGUUUUUAGUAUAGAUAACUCAUUGACGCGCACACGCGUGUGUGUGUGUGUGUUUUUGUACACAUACACAUAUGUGAACUUAGGGGCUAAAGCAUAACAGCAGGCCAAGUUUAGCCAGCCAUGCUAUGACUUCUAUUUUAAACAAAGUGCUUUAUUUUGGCAAGAAAAAUCAGUAUACAAGGAAAACACGUUGAAACAAUUAGGCCCUGGAUUUAUCUUGGUUAUUUUUCCCUAAUUUAAUCUCAGAGUUUAAGCAGGAGCAUUAAAGAAUUAACUACAAAAGUGAUUGUUCUACUAAGGUAAUUUACAUUUUUGUUACAUAUAAAUGUCUACCAAGCUUUCUUGGGAGUGUGGGCAGUUGGGAAAAUACAGAGCUAUUUCUGCAAGAAGAAGAACUACAGUAAAGUUUGCCAGGCUUUUGAUAAGCAGUCCCUUUAACAGCUGCAACCAAUGACUAUUUCAGCAAUGUUACUGUACAAUACUAAUUACAGAAAACUUUAGGCAACAUUAGCCUACCCUACACUUAUUUACUGAAAAUAAGAAGAGAAAUAGGCAAACUGCAUUCUCAAAUAUAAUUAUGUUUAAUUUCAUGUUACAAAUAACAUUUUCAUAAAGCUAUUUGGCAUUGUAUUAAUAACGCAUUAUUAUAAUUGUUUUAUUCACCACAAUAAAGAUUCCAAAACCUAUAUAAAAGUUUAAACCAAUCUGAGAACACUUUAAGUUUCAUAUGAAUCUGUACAUUGAUUUUCUCAGUAAUUACUAGAAAGUUUUUAGAAAUCAAAGCUAGAAAUUUUCCUCUAAAUGUGAAAUUCAUUUAUUAAAAUUAAGUUGUGGUUGAAAACUUUUAUUAGAAACUAUUUAAAAUAUGCAGAAAAAUAAGAUUAAUAUAAUACCUAUCUACCCAUCAUAUAGAUUUAUUAUUCAUACUUUGUUGUUUGCUUUCUAUUUUAGCUAGACGUCCUGCACCUCCUAAAUACAUAAGGAUGCACUACUAAAAAUGACAUUCUGUAUAUUUUUGUAUGUAACCUCUAUGUUAGAACCUUGCCUAACAAAAAUAGUAAUAGUUUUCCAAUAACUACUGCCCAAUCUCAUAUUCAAGUUUCUUUUUUUUUUUUCCUCAAAAUAUCUUGUACAAGCUAGUUCACUGGUAAGUGCGAAUCAGUGAAAAUCAGUGUGUUGCAUGCGGUUGUUAUUUCUCUUAAGUCUCUGUUCAUCUGGAAGACUUCCCUCCCCAUGUUUUUCCAUGACAUUGACAUUUUAGAAACUGAGACAAUUUUAAAGUAUAACUGUAUGCAUUUAAAAGUACGCCUUUAGUGUUCUGGUAGUUCUUAAUGAUAUCUCAGAUCACCUUACACUGGGAAUAAACACAAAAAUUGGACCAAAGUAUAUAAGUUUAAAAAAAGAAACACUUGAAAGUAUUAGAGUUGCUACCAAGACAGUAAAGAGUUAGGAGACCAAAAUCAGAGAAAGAACCCAAGUAGAUGUUCUUGCCAUAUGGAGCAGCUUUUCAACAAGAGAUAAGAGCAACUAAUAUUUUAAUAUUUUAAGGAAUUAAUACAUGAGUGAGAAUUGUAUUAGAAAAUGGUAACUAUAAAAAGCCAAAUUUAAAUUCUGCACUUAAACAUAAGCAAAAAUAAUUAAGACAUUCAUGUAUAGAUUUUCUAACAGAUUAAUAGAAAGACCUAGUAAACUGAAAGAUAACCCAGAAGAAAAUAUUCAAACUGUAGCACAAAGAGACAAAAUGAUGCAAAGUACAGAGAAGACAUCUUGAGUACAAUGACAAAGUCAAAUAUAUAUGUGGUUAGAAUCCUAAAAGGAGAAGAGUGAAUUCAACAGAGGUAAUAUAUGAAGAAAUAAUUUUCCAGAACUUUUCAAAACAAAAAUGUUAUGGUUCAUGUGUUGGAACCUUAACUCAUCAGUACAGUUUUGCUGAGAAAUUGGAACCAAUAGGAGGUUACAGUACUUAAAGUCACAAAAGCAGAGCCCUCAGAAUAGAUCAAUGCUUUUCUUAGAUAAAUUUUCAUUUUUGCAGGAGUGGAUUAGUUACUGUGAGAGCUGGUUGCUACAAAGCAAGCCUGCCUCUUUUUCAUGUGUUCCUGCUUCUUCCACUUUUUCCCAACAUAGUAUGGUGUAGCCCAUGCUUCUUAUCAUACAUGGCCACCCUAUCUUGGACUUUCCAGCCUGUAGAGCCAUAAGCCAAGAUAAAUGUCUUUUCUUUAUAAAACAAUCUCUGGUAUUCUGGUACAGCAAAAGAAAAAUGGACUAAGACAAAAAGGUAUCAGGCCAAAGAUUCAAGAAGCACUAUAAAUCAGUCAUGGUAGCAUACCUCUGUAAGCACUCUGAGAGGCUGAGGCAGGAGGAUUUUAAGUCUGAGUCCUGCCUGGGCAAUUUGUUGUAUUUUUAAAUUUUUGUUAGUACAUGUUUGCCAUACAUAAUGACAACAUUUAUCGUGAGGAGUUGGUACAUGUACAUAACCCAUCUUAAUUCUUUUUAUGUCCCCUUCCUUCUCUUUCCCACAUCCCAUCUCUUGGUCCCUUUCUAAUUGCAGAAGACCUGUCUCCAUGUUAAACUUGAACAAUUUAGCGACUUUAAGUGAGACCCUGUUUCAAAAUUUAAAAAAAAGAGCUAGGAUGUGGCUCAAUGUGAAGGCCUUGGUUUCAAUACCUAGUACCACAAAACACACACAUGUAUGUGUGCACACAUACAAUUUCUUUCAUUGAGCAUGCUUUUAAGAUUCAUUUAAAUUAUUGUUAGUAUUUGUCAUUAGCAAGUUUACACUAAACUUACACUAGAUGUUUCUGUUUCUCCCAAAUAGUAGUUCUCAGAUGAAAGGAAUUCCCGUGCUCCUCUUUACCCUGUGAGACAUUUGGCAAUAUCUAGAGUCAUUUUUGGUUUUUAUAAUUUAGGGGAAAAGGGAAGAAGAAUGCUACUGGAAUCUAGUGGGUUAAGUAAAGGCUAAAGGUACUGCUAAACACUACAAUAUGUAGGACAGUCCCCAGGGGAGGCACGAAGGCAACAGUACAACAGAACACCACGUGGCAUGCCAGAAACAGAGGGCCACUUACAGACCCCACGGGGAGGAGAGGAGCAUGCCAACAGGAAACGAGAAGGAGAAUCUGAGAUACAUGUACUCAACCCAGACAUAAUGUGGAUGUGACAGAGAGAGAUGGGAGAUCUGCAGCCCAGAGCCUUUAUUGGGGUUCAGGACAUUACAUGAGCAGUGUUCCCUCAAAUAGGAAGUUCUGUUUUAAGGCUUUAGGACAAGCAGACACAAGUUGCAUGGAGUCACUCUGUGACCGAGAGGUGGUCACUGACAUAUCAGCACUUUUCAUGUGGGUGUGAGGGUCUACAAGGUAAGUCAAGCAGGCUGCAUCCAGCUGCCUCAUAUGGAGGUGAUCACUAGGAGGCUUUGUGUAAGGUAGAUAUUUGGGAUUGCCCAACUUGAGGAACUCGGAGGCAUUGGAACAGGGAGAAAAUUGAACCUUAUAUGUGAUAUGAGAAUAAGUUAUAUUCAAAAUGGGUAUUGAGGCUAUGAAAAAUUACAAUUUACUACCUAUGCAGUCCAGGAAUACUGAAGACAUUUUAAAGGAGCUUAGGUGAAUCCCAAAUUCCCUUUUACCCAUAUAAGUAUGCUCUAAAUUCAAACAGGAAUACACAACUUGCCAGGACUCUGACCCUGACCCUUCUCUCAAAUCUGCAUGUAACCUCCAAGAACCCAAGACUUGGUAUUUCUCUAUCUUCAAGGUCUAGUGUCUAGCUAUAACUUUUCUUUAAAUCUUUUGGGCUUUGAAAGUCUUCAGUUGUUGCUUCUGAUCACAAGGACCUGACAUUGUUUCCCUUGUACACAAGUGAAUAAUUUUGUUGCGUAGGUUGUGCAAACUCAUUUUUCUCCAAAGUAUUUGGUGAAUAUCCAAACAAAUGUGGUUCCUCCAUUCCUACCUCCCACAUUGAUAUUAGUGUAGUCUUGAGGAAAAAUCACACUUACUACGUAUUCAUUAUUAAGAUAAACUUGAAUCACUUGUAGGAAAGUGGAUGUACCUUGACACCAUAAAGUUAAGUGAAAUAAAUCACACAGACAAGCUUAACUAUUGCAUGGCUUCUCUUAUAUCAGAGACCUAAAUUAUAAAUAAAGAGCAAAUAAAAGAUAACAGAAAAUAGGGUGAUAUUUCUCAAAUGGGAAGGGGAUCAAGAGAUGAAGGGAAAAGAGGGAAAUGGGGAAAGGGCAUAAAAAAGGGAAUUAAUGUGUUACAUACAUGUACCAACAGCAAACAAACAUGUACUUCAAAUGUGCUAAUAAAAAUACAGAAAAAUAUCAAUCCCUAACCAUACCAUGUAUACCAUAUAUGUCUUAGUACAUACAAUAAAUGGGAUUGAAUUAGUACGACAGGUAUCACAGAGAUAAGAUACUCCAAGAAAAAACAUGCAUAAAAUAUCCUUUAUUUCAUUCUUGUGUCACCACUUAAGUGAUAGCAAAAUGAUUCUCUGUGUAGUGUUGGUGAAAGAGACAUUUGUAGUUGUUAUGCGAGGGAAGGGAAAAGAGAAGAAAACAAAAUAUUGGAAAUUAUUUUUGACAUUCUGAGACAGGAAUUUAUCCACAUUUUGUUACAUAGGCCUAAGUAUCAAACAAAGAGAAGACUCAACAUAUUAUCUCUGCUCAUUCUGUCUUUGAUAGACUAUAUUUGCACUGAUUUGAAAGUAAGUUUCAUAUCUCUGUUCCAGGUAGGGAAGAGAAUGUGAAAAGAAAGCAAACGCCCAUCCAUCAACUGAAUCAGCUCCUUUAUGUAACUUUCUCAAAAGUUGUGUAACAAGAGGGUUUACCAAACCCUCUUGUCCAGAACUUGAAUUCAUUUCUCCAAGGGAAAUCCUAUAAUGCAAUCAUUUAUUUGUAGAAGCAAUGGGCUUAGCUAAAUAUCAGAGAUUGUUUUGUUUUGUUUUGUUUGUGGUGCUGGGGAUCAAACUCCUGACUUCAUGGGUACUACUGCUGAGUUAUAUACUCCCACUCCUUUAGGGUUCUAUUAUUAUAUAGAAAUCUUACUCACAUUCACCCUUUAGUUUAAAAGAUCCGUAUUUAUGUUGAACACUGUAGCUGAGGCAGGGAGGAUAACAUUUUUCCUUAUGGUUCCUACUAGAGACAAGCAGUUGAUUGAACAUUUUGGUGAACCAUCAUGUGGGAUCCAUGAUCAUCAGGUGCUACAGGAAACCUCAGCUCACUACUCUAGAGAAAUUGGAAAGAACCCAAAUGUGAAACUCAGUAGAUACAGCUCUGUAUUUGUUUCAUGUGUCAUAUAUGUUACUGAAGACUUCUCUCGUUUUUGAUGAGAGAAGUUGGAAAGUCAUUACUAUACCUGGUUACAAAAAGGAGAGAAUUUUAUUAUAAACUUACUUAAUCAGUUAGGUCUCACCCAAUCAUGGCUGCACAGACCUACCCCUAAAAAAAGUAAUGACUCUUUCCAAGUAAUAGAAGAGAGUCAACCAAAUACAUACCUAUGAAAAUGUUUUACAUAAAAACUAAUUUAAAACAACUUCAUGCACAUGCAUGCACACAUGCAGACAGAAGCACACAGGCACAUUGGUACAGAUAAUCUGAUGAAAAUUAUCCCUGUAUCCAGAAUUGAGUCUGGUAAACUGCAAUUAUCAUUGCUUGAAAACCUUGGCUUUAUUUACCCAACAAGAAGCAAGAUGCCUUCACUGAACACACAGGGUUGAUUUUCAGUGUGCUGAUUGUUUUGUUUUUAAGGUACAGUUUUAUUUUCUCCCUGGUUAUUAUUAUUCACAGAUGUGAUUGUAACAUUUUGCUAAGUCAUAAAUCCAUCAUUAAUGACAUAUAAAUACAUAAAAGGUGAAUGACAUUUAUAAAAGUGGGUGUAUGUCACAUACAAAUAUAGAGGGGAGCAGUGCGAUGGUUGCUAGAUACGUGCAGUGUCUGUACAAGCUUUCCCCUUCCCCUGCCAUCAACCCAAGAAAACGUAAGACUAGUCUGUGAAACCAGCCUCAGUGCCUUGGACAAAUGGAAACCUGACAUGGACAAUCUCGUGCCCCUGGGAUCUGUCAGGAUGCAGCCAUUGAGAGCGGUAAUGACUCACCCUCCAUCUGGGCCCCUAUCCAUGGAACAAGUUUCAUUAGUAUCAUACCAACUGAAGCUGAGUUUUGGCUGGCAAAGCUGAGUCAAAAAUUUUCAUGAAUAGGCUACUUCUUGGGAACUAGAAAAGUUCUCUGACCCAGUGCCACUCUUGUAGGAUGCAAAAUUUACCAUGGAUCUUAUCGAGUACAGGUGGCACUCCAGGCAAAGGUGUCCACUAUGACUCGAUAAAUAAGAAAUGUUGUGAAAUGGCCCUCCACCCGCAGCAUGCCCAGUACUGACCUCAUCUGUUCCCCCACCCAUGUCCCAUAGCUUUUCUACUUUAUCCUUGCCAUUUUUAUUGUGGGGCUAUUACUCCAAAUGACAUUGCUAUCAAAACCAUGAGAGCUGGUAGCCUGAGCUAAAAGUACAGACACCUCCCCUUAUCCAUACUCUAUCUCCAUGUGAGUAGAGAGCUUUUUGUUUUCUGAAUAAAAUAUUAUAUUAACAGAAAAAGUGAUAAUUCAUUUUGAUGAGGUGACUCGGAUACUUUUAUUUUUUAUUUUAAAGAGAAAAGUUAAAAAAAUAGUUUCAAAACAGGAUAAGAAAUCAACAAUGGUUAAUAUAUUGUGUAUUACUGUCUUCAAAGCAGUUGCUCAGAUUUCAAGAUACAGGCAUGCAAAAUUAAUCAACUAAUAAAAUCACCUCCCGAUCCCUUCAAUGAACUACAAGAAAUUAGUAGUAAAAUUAUGUUAACUGUUUUGUAUACAUAUAUUUACUUUUUCCUUUCCUUAAUUUCUCCUUUCUCUUAUCCCGGUUCUUUCCUUGUGAGAAGUUUCUUUCCCUUUUUCUAUCUUUUGCAGGUUUUAUAUCUUACUCUUUUAGUUUCUUGCACUAGGGAGACAAGAUGAUGCUUAUACAUGUGCAUUUGAUUUAUUUCACUUAUUAGUAUGGUUUCUUGUUUCAUCUACUUAUCUAUAAAAGCCUUGAGUUUAUCAUUCUUUAUAGCUUAUUAUUAUUCCAUUUAUAAAAAUACCACAUAGUUUUAUACAUUCCUCGUUUGAUGGGCAUUUGGAUUGUUUUCAAGUUUUCACUGUUACAAAUUGUGCUGCUAUAAUCAAGAAUACACAUUGUUGUGAUAUGAUGUUUUUAAUUCUUCUGGGAAAAUACCCAGAAGGGAAAUAGCUGAAUGAAAUGGGACCUCUAAUCCUAGUUUUCUGAGGAAUCUCCACACUGAUUUCCACAAUGAUUGUACAGUCUACAUUUCCACCAAUGGUUGAGAAGGGUUUCUUUUUCCCUACAGUCCCUGAAGCAUGUUAUUGGUUGAUUUCUUGAUAUUUGUCAUUCUUUCUGGAAUAAGAUGGAAUCUCCCUGUUUUAAUUUGCAUUUCUCGAAUGAUCAAAUAUGUUGAAUGUUUUUUCAUGUAUUUAUUUGCCAUUUGUAUUUCUUUAUCUAAGAAGUAAUACCAAUUACAGAGGCUCA